AUGGCUUUAGACGAAAAGUUUUCAAACUCUAAGACUUCCGAAGAAGUUUCUGACUCCAAAGGAGUUGAAUUUACAUUAAAUGAUGAGAAAAAGGUUUUAGUUACUACUGAAAUCGAAUCUAUUGCUUCAACUUUAGAUUCACAAUUAGAUAAAAACCCUUUCUUAGACCCAGUAGUCGCAGAACAUUACCGUGAAGUGUAUGAGAAGUCUAAAUAUGAAUGCAGAGGGGUAUUUGAUCCACACUUUGAAUGGGAGCCUGAAGAAGAGAAACGUCUCGUCAGAAAGUUAGAUAUCAGGGUCGCUUUUUCAGCUUGUCUUAUGUUUGCUUCCUUACAGAUUGAUAGAGGAAAUCUUAGUCAAGCUGUCACAGAUAAUAUGUUAAAUGAUUUGAAUUUAACAACAAACAAUUAUAAUACUGGAAAUACUAUUUUUCUUGUAGCAUUUUUGUUAGCAGAAUUACCUUCUCAAAUCAUUUCAAAGGCUUUGGGUCCAGAUGUUUUUAUUCCGAUUCAAAUAUGUACUUGGAGUAUAAUUGCUAUGAGUCAAGGUGCUUUGAAGGGUAAGACUUCCUUUUAUGUUACAAGAGCACUUAUUGGAGCAGUUGAAGGAGGUUUUAUUGCUGAUUUAGUUUUAUGGUUAAGUUAUUUCUAUACCAGUAAAGAGUUGCCUAUAAGAUUAUCGUGGUUUUGGACUACAUUAUCUACUGUCUCAAUCAGCAUAUCUUUAGCUGCAUUUGGUAUUUUGAGACUUAGAGGAGUUCUGAAUUUGGAAGGAUGGAGAUGGUUAUUUAUUAUUGAAGGAGCAAUAACCUUACUUGUUGGUAUAUUAUCCUUUUACCUUAUGGUUCCUUCAGCAGUACAAACAAAGAAUUGGAUGCAUCCGAAAGGAUGGUUUACAGAAAGAGAACAAAAAAUUGUAGUUAACCGUGUUUUGAGAGAUGAUCCAAGUAAAGGAGAUAUGCAUAAUAGACAGCCAUUAACACCACGUAUGAUUUGGAAAUCAUUGUCAGAUUAUGAUUUGUUCCCUCUUUAUAUUAUUGGAAUUCUUGCCUAUGCUCCCACAGCAACAUUAGGUGCUUAUCAAACAUUAAAUUUAAGACAAUUAGGAUUUUCUACAUUUAAUACUAAUUUAUUAACUAUUCCAGGUGAUUUCAUACAUAUUGUAUUGUUAUUAAUAAUUACUUGGGUUUCAGAAAGAGUUAAUGAUAGAGCUUUGAUUUGUCUUGUUUUACCCAUUUACUCUGUCCCAUUAGUUGGAGUCUUAGCCUUCUGGAAAGGUACUAUGAAAGAUGUUUGGGGGACUUGGGCAGUUACCACAUUAGUCUUGGGAGGACCAUAUAUUCAUGCCAUAUUGGUUGCUUGGGUGUCUAGAAAUGCAUAUUCGAUUAGAAGUCGUUCUGUGGCAAGUGCUGUCUAUAAUAUGGCAGUUCAAUUAGGAUCGAUUUAUGCCAAGAACAUUUAUAGACAAGAUGACAAGCCCCUUUACAGAAGAGGUAAUAGUCAACUUUUUGCCUUAUCUUUGACAAUGUUCCCUAUAAUCAUAGGUACCAAAUUUUAUUACAUUUAUAGAAACAAACAGAAAGAUAAUAUCUGGAAUAAAAUGACAACUGAACAAAGAGAAGAUUAUAUUCGGAAUACCAAAGAUGAAGGUAAUAAAAGAUUGGAUUUUAGGUUCACUCAUUAAAAUUUCCAAUUUGAGCUUUUUUAUAUAACUAUGCUAGAUUGUUCUAUGCAUUUAUGUGAUACAAUUAUAUAUUCUAUAAUAUUCUAACAUUAUGUUUUUGACUCAAGAGUAAGCUUGGCUUUGUAGACCCCCUUAAGGUACACA